GAACGAAACGCUGUUUGCGAAUGAAAUUAAUAUGUAAGGUUAUAUAAAUACACGUAUGUCAAAGCGGUUAAUUGCCUUUUGUAUUUAAACAAAUUGCGCAUUCACAUGCAGUAAGCGACGCGAAAAGCGAAAUUCUGUUCCGCAGUGCCUUAUUAACAGGAUUAUUAGUUAAAGACGAGUUAUCAGCAAGCUGUUUGACAAUUGAAUUUCAUUAUAACAUUUGGAUGUUAUAACAAAGAGAACCUUUUAGUGACCACAUAUAGCUCGAGAUGUCGACGGCUCCAAAAGAGCUUUAUUUUGAUAACACGUGGGUUACUACGGGAUCCAGCAUGGAUGCGCAUUAUCAGGAACUCAAGGAACCAACUUGCACAGGACGUUGCAACUUUAAAACUGUCAAUUGCCAGGAAGUAUUUGAUAGCGAACAAAGAACGAGCAAACACAUUACCGGUUACAAAGAGCUUAAUGCAGUUAGAGCUAACAGACUCAGAGCAAUUAUUAUUGGUACUUCAGUUGCGUUUAUUGUUUGCUGUGUCGUAGCUUUAAUUGCAAUUAGCAUGACAAUCCGACAGCAGGAGACACUUGGAGAAUUGCAGACGACAACUGAAAACCUGCGCAACCGAUGUGCGCAGUUGGAAGGAAACGCUAAGCUCUGUCUGCCAUGCGCAGAACUAUCAUUGAGUCCAUUUCCGGAAGGCACGCCGGAAAUCGCUGAACUGCUGAAACACUAUGAAAACGGUCAACAAAUCUGUUGCGCAAAAACGGUUAACCAGACGUCGAUAUUCCUAAAUCUGUUUGCAAAAAGAAAGCAACUGGAGAAAUGCGCACAAGAUGCCAUCAAUGCAGAGAAUCGUCCAUCCGGAAAUUGCAGCAGUUCUGGUUCCCCGAACAUUCCUUCUGGCAACGCAUUCAGCAACGUGUCUGCGCACAUGCUGGCUGGCCCCCAGCCGUCAAACCUGUCCUCUGACGAAAGAAUACGGAACUGGAGUGUUGGUCCGGUGGCUCCCGGAACUCACCUGACCAAUAUUCGACUCUCCUCGGACAACCACUCCGUCGUCAUUGCGGAGUCUGGCCGCUACUUCCUGUACAGCCAGGUCAGCUUCCUAAUAUACUACAACCCGGAAACGCCGCAUGACCCUCGAAGCCCUGCACAGUCCUUGUUCCACUCCGUCUUCCGAUACAACUUCAUAUACCCGUUAGGCGAUGAAGAGCUGUUGCGAAGUGACGUCACUCAGUGCUGGGAACAGAAGAAAGAUUACGGACGCUACACGAGUUACGUCGGCGCCACCGUUCAACUCAACAAGGGCGAUCUGAUCUAUGUCAAAGUAUCCAAAAUCGGAUUCAUUUCGAGAGAAGAACCGGGUUUAACAUAUUUUGGGUUGUUUAAAAUUGGUUGAAUUAUGCUUUGCUAUGAUUCUUUGUGCAUUGCUCAGUAAUAUUGCACUUUAUUAAUAAUAUUUAAUAGAGCUUUCAUUUAUUCGCCGUAUCAAAUACGUUUACAUCGUCAUAUUGAUCUCAAUUUUCAGCUGUCGGCAUUAUAUAAAAUAUUAAAUAUUUUGAGAAAGAGCAGGUUGCAUAUUAGAUCACAAGUGGUUUUCUCGCUGCUUUGAAAAUACCCAGUGAAAAAAUAUUUUCCUCAAAAACAAAAUCAAUAAAACUACGUAAUGACUUAUCAAAUAAAUAGUAACAAGGCCUGGUGUUCAAUUUGCUAAAAAAUGCAACGCAAUCAUCAUCUUACAACGUGAGGGUUUAUAAUUUCCAGAAAGAUAAAGAAAAUACAUGUGUGCGUUCAAUAAGGUCAAGGUUUUGAAACUCUAUACGCACUUGCUGAAUAAACGGAUUGGACCCUAGCUGUUUUCGGACGUCGUAAACUGGAAUUCUUGUUGUAUAAUUGUACUUUCGAUUUGAUAUCUUUUGUUUCAGACAACAGGGUUAUCUCGUGGUUUAGUGAAAAUUUGUAACUUCAAAAGAUGUUUGAAGCACCGUGCAACGUGCUAAGUGUAAGAGCGCCCAUAGGUAGUUUUAAUACUUUAUAACAAAACGAUGUUACAUAAUUCAAGUAUACAUCGGGUAUAUAAUACCGUUUACAUUAUAAAUGUAAUCGUAUUUGUAUUAGUUAUGCUAUGGUUACUUUAUGGGCUGGUCAGAAGAAGUUCAUUCACGGUGUUGUUUGUCAUAUUUAUAAAUCAAUUGAAAGAUAUUUAGAAUAGUUCGAAUUUUGAAUUUUGUUUCGUUUUAUGUUUUCGUUUUGCGUUCAGUUAUAUACAGAUGUGCUCAACUUGUUACAACAUAAUAUAUGCAUGUAUCGAAAUAUUAGCUAUACAUGUAUUAUUUUGUAAUUUGAUUAUUUGAACG